ACCUCAUCAAUUUGUGUGGCAUAGAAUGAGAUAGCCUCUUCUCUCCCUUUCCCGUCCUCCAAACAAUACAAGCAAAAUCAACACUCGUACAUUCCAGAGAUAGCGCUAAAACUAGCAACAGCCAUGGCUAACAUGAUCAUGGCUUCCACCAAAACCCUAAUCACCUCCUCCCCCUCCCUCCCUCCCACCACCACCACCACCCCCACCCCCAGACCCAAAUUCCACCUUCCCCACAUCUCUCUCCCCCGACUCCCCAAACUCCUCUCCCUCAAAUCCGCCGCCCUCAUCGCCGCUACCACCACCACCUCCCUCUCUCUCGCUCCACUUCCCUCCAUGGCAGAAGAGAUCGAGAAGGCCGCCCUCUUCGAAUUCAACCUCACCCUUCCCAUCAUGAUGGCCCAGUUCCUCCUCCUCAUGGUCGCACUCGACAAGAUCUACUACUCUCCCCUCGGCAAAUUCAUGGACGAAAGAAACGCCGCUAUCAAGGAAAAGCUCAACAGCGUGAAGGACACUUCCGGCGAAGUGAAGCAGCUGGAGGAGCAGGCUGCGGCUGUGAUGAAGGCGGUGAGGGCGGAGAUAUCGGCGGCCCUCAACCAGAUGAAGAAGGAGACGGCGGCGGAAGUAGAGAUGAAGCUGGCGGAGGGAAGGAAGAAGGUGGAAGCGGAGCUGCAAGAGGCUUUGGCCGUUUUGGAGAAGCAGAAGGAGGACACCAUCAAGGCUCUUGAUUCUCAGAUCGCUGCUCUGAGUCAGCAAAUUGUGAACAAGGUCCUUCCUCUCUGAUUUUUUUUUUUUUUUCCUUUUUCCAAAUUUAAUUUCCUAUUAUAAUGGAUUUUGUGUAGCAUAUAUAUAAUUGCAAUGUAACCAACUUCAUUUCGAUCUACCCAUGUGGAAAUUUUUGGGGUCACUUCCAAAUGAAUGACAAAUAUGGGUUGAUGAAUCCUCUUAA